AUGACUAUUGAAUAUUUGCCUCUUCAAUCCGGUGAUAAGAUGCCUCUUAUUGGUUUCGGCUGCUGGAAAGUCGAUCCCAAAGAUGCCCCUGAAACCAUCUACAAUGCCAUCAAGGUUGGCUACCGCCUCAUUGACAGCGCUUCCAACUACAAGAACGAAGAAGCUAUUGGCAAGGGUAUUAACAUGGCCAUCAAGGACGGUCUGGUGAAACGUGAAGAAUUGUUUGUCACCACCAAACUCUGGAGUACCUAUCACAAGAAGGAACAUGUUCGCGAGGCUCUUGAAAAGCAACUUGAACAGCUCGGCUUGGACUAUGUUGAUAUGUUCCUUGUUCACUUCCCUCUUCCUUUGAAGCACGUUCCCAUUGAUGUCAAGUAUCCUCCUGGCUGGUAUCAACCGGGUGAAGACGUGAUCACUUUGGACCGUGCUCCUAUGCACGAAUGUUGGGCUGCCAUGGAACAGCUUGUGGAGGCGGGCCUCACACGCAACAUCGGUGUCUCCAACUUCAAUGUCCAGCUUCUCAUGGAUAUGCUCACCUAUGCCAAGAUCAAGCCGGCUCUUUUGCAAGUCGAAUUGCACCCCUACUUGCAGCAAGAACACCUUGUGCGCUGGGUUCAACAACAAGGCAUCGCCGUAACCGCCUACUCUUCCUUUGGUCCUACCUCAUUUAUCGCCACGGGCUCCAAGCGCGCAAAGGGCGUGGAACCUCUCUUUGAGAACCCUACUAUCAAGGACAUUGCUGCCAAGUAUAACCGCAACCCUUCAGAGGUCUGUUUGCGCUGGUCCCUUGAGCGCAAUGUGGCUGUUGUUCCCAAGAGUUUGAAUGUUGACCGCAUGAAGAUGAAUCUUAGCGCCCUCGACUGGAAAAUGGAUGAGGAAGACGUUCAGGCCAUCAAUCAGCUUGAUAUGGGUCUCCGAUUCAAUGAUCCUAUGGUCAACGCUCAAAAAUUGCCCAUUUUCUAUUAG